UCCACCUCCGCCUGACGCCGAGCGUGCCGUUUAAAUGCCUCCUGACGGGCGCCCGCCGCGCCUGUUUGUCCUGAGCUCAUUUGCUGGAAUUUGUUUGCUGGCAAGAGGGGGAAGGGGGCGGGGGAAAGUCGGCGAGCGGUGCUUCUGCAGAGGGGCGAGCUGGAAGAGGGGGAGAGAAAGUUCAGGUCUCUCCGAAGCAGAUUCCUCUUCUGCUUCUGCCUUCACUCCCUUCCAGGAAACAUCCAUGAAGCCGCCCUUCCCUUGGCAUAACAAGAGUUGAUGCUCCAGUACAUGAGUCCCCGCUGCCUUUAGCCAUGAGCUGUCUGGAUGUUAUGUACCAAGUCUAUGGUCCUCCCCAGCCUUACUUUGCAGCAGCCUAUAGUCCUUACCAUCAGAAACUAGCCUUUUACUCGAAGAUGCAGGAAGCCACCGAGAGCGUGAGCAGCGCCAGUACGAGCAGCGCCAGCAGCUCUUUCUCCGGCCACGCCGCCCCAGCCAGCAUCAAGGAGGAAGAGUGCAGCCCCGAGAAAGAGCGCCCCGCGGAGGCCGAAUACAUCAAUUCCAGAUGCGUCUUGUUUACCUACUUCCAGGGGGACAUCAGCGCCGUGGUGGACGAGCACUUCAGCCGGGCCCUCAGCCAGCCCAGCAGUUACUCGCCGCCGAGCAGUGCCAGCGCCAAGGCUGCGGCUCGGAGUUCCAGCUCUUGGAGGGAUGGAUCAUUCCUUAUGAGCCAGCGCAGCUUCCCACCCUCCUUCUGGAACAGCACAUACCAGCCCUCCUCGGUGCCUGCCUCCCUGGGCAGCCCGCUGGCAGCCACUGCCCACAGUGAACUGCCCUUUGCUACAGCAGACCCUUAUUCACCCAGCUCGCUGCACAGCCACCUCCACCAGGGUGGUCCAGAGCCCUGGCACCCUGCCCACCAUCAUCACCAUCACCACCACCACCACCCCUACAUCGGCACACAGAGCUCUGCCUAUCCUCGGCCCACCACUGUGCACGAGGUCUACGGUCCACACUUCGACCCUCGUUACGGCUCGUUGCUGGUGCCUGCUGCUUCAGUGCGCCCUCAUCGUCUCACGCCUGCCUCAGUGCCCACCCCUGUCAGCCCUCAGUGUGAGCUAGGCAAGAGUGAGCCUGCCACAUCAGCGUGGACAGCACCAGCACCCUUCCCCAGCCCAGCAGGGGAAAUGGCACAAAGUCUAGGCCUCAAUGUGGAUACAGGUUUGCAGCCUCAGGAUAAAAGCAAGGAUCUCUAUUGGUUUUAGACCUGCCCUUCCACCUUCUCUUCCCCUCUAGUCAGACCUCUGCCUAAGUAGGACUGGUGAUGACAGAGCUGAAAUCGAGUCCGUUUGUAACAGCUUCUGAUCUUGGUUUACAGCUCGCCGUUAUUCCUUCUGUGGUGGAUCUCUCCUGAGCUGAUCUGCUGAUCUUAACGCUCUCCCACAAACUCCAUCUUCCUUUUCAUCAUUCAGAAUCUCAUGUCGCAUUUCAAGAACAAGAAUAUGGGGAAGGCAAAGGGAGAUAAAAGCUGCUUUGACUUGGCCUUUCAACAACAAAAUCUAGAACCGUAAGGGAUGUAAGGCACCCAUCUUUCUCUUGAAGGUGCAGCGCCAAGUGCAAUGGCUCCACAUCCAGAAUUGUAACCAGGCCACUCUAAAGAGUCAAGUAAAAUGAACAAGGAUAUAAAAAUCACUGAGUUUGGAAAGCAAAUGUGUUUGUUACCGGUGGUGAUGGUGUGAACCAUUCUUCUGAUCAGCUUUUUUUUAAAAAAAAAAAUGACUUAUUGAAAGCAACAUGGGCAGUUAUUCAGACAUUGUGAACGGGAUUUUUGUCCUUUACACUGUAGAAAGAGAGGAAUUCUAAACUUCUAAGCACGUUUGGGACUUUUAGGGGAAAAAUUCAGACUGUGGUGAUGAGUGGCAAGUGACUAGUGUAGGCCACCUGCCUCCAGGCUUACACAAAUGCAGCUGUUGCAGAGACAACUGUCCAAACUCCAGAAACUUGACAACCAAGGUGGCACUUCUCUGAGUUUGGCACAACAAUUGCAUUGGUUAAGACAUACAUACAUAUGUGUAUAUAUACGUUUUUUAUACAAGGAACGUUUUAUGAGCAAAGAAGAGAUCUUUCACCCCCCCCCCCAAAGAAUACUCUAACAGCCUUCACAAGGAACAACUGGAGAAGUUGGGGAGGAAUUAAUUGGACAAAGGACCCCAUUUAAUUUGAAUUCUCUCUGUACCUAUCUUUCUGCCAUUAAUGGUCAGGGACUGGGUCUCUAUCUUUUUUUUUUUUUUUUUUUUGGAAGGUGAAUAUAAGAGGUGGUUAUUUGUAGGAAUGUUACAUUAAAGAUUUCUCCUUUCA